AUGGCUGCUCAACUCCCCAAGACCAUGAAGGCUCUCAGAUAUGAGAAGCCCGAGGACUGGAGCAUCGUCGAGCUGCCCCUCCCCAAGAUCCGCCCCGGUGAUGUCCUGAUCAAGGCUUGCGGUGUCUGCGGUACCGAUCUCCACAUCCACGAGGGAGAGUUCAUUGCCAAGUUCCCCCUCAUCCCCGGACAUGAGACCAUUGGUGAAGUCGUCGCCAUGGCCGACGAUGUCAAGGGCUUCAAGAUCGGUGACCGUGUCGCUGCCGACAACUCCGAGCUUUGCGGACACUGCUUCUACUGCCGAAGAGGCGAGGCUCUGCUGUGCGAGGACUUCUCCGCCCACGGUGUCCUGAACUUGGACGGUGGUUUCGCUGAAUACUGCAACUACCCCCAGGGCAAGCUCUUCAAGAUCCACAACAUCAGCGACGUUGAUGCUACCCUGAUUGAGCCUGCUUCUUGCGCCAUGCACGGUCUGGAGAAGAUUGCCCCCAAGGCCGGUUCCCACGCUCUGCUCAUUGGUGCUGGUCCCACCGGUUUGAUGAUGGCUCAGUUCUUGAAGAACUCUGGUGUUUCUCAGCUUACCAUUGCCGCCCCUGAGGGUCCCAAGAUCGACUUGGCCAAGAGCCUAGAUGCUGCUGACACAUAUGUGCCCCUUUCCCGAAAGGACUCCACCCCUCAGUGGGAGCAGCUCAAGAAGGACAACCCCUACGGUUUCGAUAUCGUUGUCGAGGCUUCCGGAAGCUCCAAGGUCCUCGAGGACGCCAUCAACUACGUCCGCCGAGGAGGCAAGCUCGUUUGCUACGGUGUCUACCCCAGCUCCGCCCGCGUCUCUUGGCCACCAUCCAAGAUCUUCGGUGAUGAAAUCACCAUCAUUGGUUCCUUCUCUGAGACCUUUAUGUUCCCGGCCACCGUCGACUACCUUGACAGCGGCAAGAUCAAGACCAAGGGUAUUGUAAACAAGACCUUCAAGCUGGAGCAGUGGGGUGAGGCUCUGGAGAGCAUCCGAAACAAGUCGGCCAUCAAGGCUGCUAUUGUUUUCGACUAG